AUCUGAGUAGUAAUUAGGCGCCUAAUACUAAGUAAUACGUGGCAUAUCCAAACAAAAUUUCAAAACACAUCAGUAGUCGUCAAAACUGGGUAAACAAUUUAAACAGCUCAAACCAUAAGCGCAUCAUAGGUUCACUGGAUGAAUGACUAAAUUGGGUUCACUCUGCUUUUCUACAAGUCGUAACGUCGCCAAGUUCUUCGACAGAUACUUAGACAAAUGGGAUGUGUUCUCGUGGAACUCUAUCAUUGCCGACUUGGCUCGGAGCGGUGACUCCGUGGAAGCCCUUCGAGCUUUCUAUUCCAUGCGAAAGCUCUCUCUCAAACCAAACCGUUCCACCUUCCCCUGCGCCGUCAAAUCAUGUUCCUCCCUUUCGGACCUCACUUCCGGCAAGCAGACCCACCAACAAGCUCUCAUCUUUGGCUAUGACACCGACCUUUUUGUAUCCUCCGCUCUCAUUGAUAUGUACUCCAAGUGUGGUCAACUUGCUGAUGCAAGAAAGCUGUUUGAUCAAAUUCCUCAAAAGAAUGUUGUUUCUUGGACCUCCAUGAUAACUGGCUACGUCCAAAAUGACCACCCGCAAGAAGCUCUCUUGCUUUUUAAAGAGCUCUUAGCAGGCCAAGAUCAGGAACUAGUUUCUCUUGACUCGGUUGCUAUGGUUUCCGUGCUCUCCGCUUGUUCUCGUGUUUCAGGGAAGACACUUACCCAAGGGCUCCAUGGCUUUGUUAUGAAAAGAGGAUUCGAUGAAGACAUGGGAGUUGGCAACACAUUGAUUGACGCCUAUGCCAAGUGCGGUGAGGUUGAUUUCUCUAGGAAGAUGUUCGACGUGAUGCCUGACAAGGACAUCAUUUCGUGGAAUUCUAUGAUUGCAGUUUACGCCCAGCACGGACUUUCAGCUCAGGCAAUGGAAAUUUUUCGUUCCCUGGCAUGGGAUAGAGAGGUUGACUACAAUGCUGUCACCUUGUCAGCCGUGCUGUUGGCUUGUGCACAUUCAGGAGCUCUUCAGGCUGGCAAGUGCAUACAUGAUCAGGUUAUAAAAAUGAACCUAGAGGAUAAUAUAUAUGUGGGCACAUCCAUGAUUGACAUGUACUGCAAAUGUGGGAGAUUAAGGAUGGCAAGGAAUGCCUUCAAUAGGAUGAAGGAAAAGAAUGUGAAAUCAUGGUCUGCUUUGAUUGCAGGCUAUGGUAUGCACGGGAGAGCCAGGGAAGCCCUUCAAGUUUUUUAUGAGAUGAACUCAGCUGGGGUAAAACCAAAUUACAUUACUUUUGUCUCUGUUCUAGCAGCUUGUAGCCAUGCUGGGUUGCUGGAUGAAGGUUGGUAUUGGUUUAACGCCAUGGAGCCUAGAUUUUGUAUACAACCAGGAGUGGAGCAUUAUGCUUGUAUGGUUGAUCUUCUUGGACGUGCUGGUUUCCUUGCCAAGGCAUAUAAUUUGAUAAAAGAAAUGAAGGUGACGCCUGACUUUGUCAUUUGGGGUUCCCUUCUAGCUGCAUGCAGGAUGCACAAGAAUGUCGAGCUUGGGGAGGUUUCUGCUAGGAACUUGUUUGAAUUAGACCCAAAAAACUGUGGGUAUUAUGUUUUGCUGUCGAACAUAUAUGCUGAUGCUGGAAGGUGGGAAGAUGUAGACAAGAUGAGGAUACUUAUGAAAAAUCGUGGAUUAAGUAAACCUCCUGGGUUCAGCCUGCUUGAACUCAAAGGCAGGGUUCAUGUAUUUCUGGUCGGUGAUAGAGAACACCCUCAACAUGACAGGAUUUAUGCUUAUUUGGAAGAAUUAUCUGUAAAGCUGCAGAUAGCUGGCUAUGUACCUAACACGACAUAUGAUCUUCAUGAUGUUGAGGAAGAAGAGAAAGGACUGACAUUACGAGUUCAUAGUGAGAAGCUCGCUGUUGCUUUUGGGGUUAUGAAUUCCGUCCCUGGCAGUACAAUUCAGGUGAUUAAGAAUCUUAGGAUUUGUGGAGACUGUCAUACAACAAUUAAGCUAAUUGCCAAGAUUGUUAAUAGGGAAAUCGUGGUCAGAGAUGCAAAGAGAUUUCACCAUUUUAAGGAUGGCUUAUGCUCAUGUGGGGACUAUUGGUGAUUUAAGCAUUGAACAAAAUUUUGUCUUCACCUACUAAUUGACUUAGAGGAGUUGUCGUAUGAUAAGCAGUGCUGCAUAAUCUGACAAGAUAUUCGCGAAGGAAUUAGUAUCGAACGUUAUUCCCCUGUUUUGUCGUAUCUCAAGAGCAAAAGAGAGAGCGGAUCCAUAAGCAGAAUUUGGAACUUCUCUCUGUGAAUUCAUCGUCUCACUCUAUUCUUCAUUAUUCAACCUCUUUUAUACACUGCAGAGAACACUGAAUUAUGUUUGUUUGAAACAUUUGUGCUUUGCAGGUUUUUAUGGCUAAUCCCGUUACAUCAGUUUAGGAAUUCUGGCAGCAUUAGCUAUCUUUUUUCACCUUGAAAGCUUUUUAUUAGGAGUAUGUUACAUGUGGGAAACAGUAAAUCAGUAUUUGCAUUGAAGGUGGGAAACAGUAAACUUUUUGGUGAUCGUUUUGAUUUUGAGUAUUGUAUUUAAGCAAGUGAUAUGAAAUGACAAACAUUUUUCUC